UGGCUAAUCAUUGCUACUGCUACAUCCAAGUAUUUAUUUUAUGUUGCCUUUAUAUUUGUAUCCAGCCAAAUGCUUUUUCUACACUAGACAACCGAAUUACCUACUGUGGGUACUUAUUAGCAUAGGUAAAUAUCAGUUACCAUAUAACUCUGCAGCUCUACAGGUAACGACUGAGUUUAUUAGCAGACAAUAUUUUAAAAAUUUCCGUAAACAAAAUUGGAUUAACUUCAUUCAUUGUUCAAAUUGUAGGUGGAGGUGCUCGCGAUACACAUUUUAAAUAGAAAAUCUACUUUGAUGUUAUUAUUUAAUUACUGUAAUUCAAUAAAGUCAAAACAUUUCUUUUUUUACGCAAUAUAUACGUAUUACAGAUAAGAGGUGUACGCGAUUAAUGAAAAAAUUAUAAUGGCGAGCGCACUUUGUGCAUCAUCCGGCCGUCGUGCACAAUAUACCCAGUGACGGACAACUAGUUUCGGGACCCAAGGCCCAAACUUAAACGACUAUAUGCGCUUCCAUUCAGUUACCUUAUUGACUAUUUUCCUAGCUUAAUUGGUCUAGAGAUCUGUAUUCUAUUGAAAUGCUCAAUUGCAAGAAAAACCUUCAAUAAUCCUGAGGCCUAGGAGCACGAAUACAUAUAUGUAGCGCUCGCUCUUUGGCUACGAUGCACCGAACAGACAAGGACGGAGCUACACACACUCCGCGACUGAGAGAAAAACCAGGCAUCAGUAUAGCAGUACUAGCAGCUCUCGUCGAGAGAGAGAGAGAGAGAGAGUGCGAGUUGUGCGCUCUCAAGGUUCAUCGCUGUCGUCGCCGCGCCGCAUGGGUGUCACCAAAGCAUCCCGCGAUCUGCAUCUAAAAAGCAAUACGGAAAAUUGUCGCGACUCCCGAGCGUCCAGUCGACGCGUCGCGAAAGUGCAAAGUGCAUAGUGCAGUGUCUCAGAUUUUUCCUUCCGUGCGGGGUAUACUGUGUCCACACUGCUGCUGUACAAGUACUAUAGCGCUGCUGGGAAAGAACACAGAGAAAGACGGAGUAAACACAGAGACGCGCCGAGCUGCUGCACAUCAACGCGCGAUUAAUUAUGUGCUGCUCCGGAUCUCGAAGCUCAACGUCGACGUGCAGUAGCAGCAGCAACUCCAAGGACUCGCUCGCCUUCGGUAGCUGGUCGAAGCCGCGGCGGUGAAUGUAAAAGAGCCAUUACAUUUGCAGUCAAAUUGACGGGAUGGUUAUUGUCCUGUCAAACAACAGAUCAAUUUUGCUGGCAGUGUGAUGGGUUUGGCAACGAUCAUAGCACUAUGGAUCGUUACCUGGAGCUGCCUGUUGAAGGGCCUCCAUUUGGCCCCUCAGACAUCAGCAAAGCAAGUGCCCUGCGACAAGACUAGAAAGAUCUUUACAGAGUCCUGGGGUGUCAUAAGUGAUGGGCCUAAAGGCUCAAAUUACACACAGGACUCGCACUGUGAAUGGCUGAUCAAAGCCAACAACAGUCGCCAAUUUAUUACCUUAAGUUUUCGAACUAUGGGCACAGAAUGCAGCUAUGAUUACGUAUUUGUUUAUGAUGGAGAUUCUUUUAGAUCUCCUCUUCUAGGCAGCUUUAGUGGAAAAACAGAACCACAACAAGUGACAUCCUCAUCUGGAUAUAUGUUGAUUUUACUAUACAGUGAUACAAAUUAUGUGUUGGAUGGAUUUCAUGCAGAAUUUUCUGUAACAGAUUGUCCUAACAACUGUACAAAUCAUGGAAAAUGUAUAAAUAAUACUUGUUUUUGUGAAAAUGAUUGGGGAGGAAAGGACUGUUCCAGAACAUUAUGUCCAAACAACUGUGGUGUUGGAGGAAUUUGUGGAUUGAAGCAGUGCAAAUGUCACAGUGGUUAUUCUGGACAGUCUUGCUCACUUCAUAAAACUAAUCCAGAAGGAAAUAGAUGGCACUGGCUUUCACACUCUGAAGGUGGAAUGACACCAAGAGCUGCUCAUACAGCCGUAUAUGUCGCUGAAACUGACUCUUUGUACGUUUUCGGAGGCUACAAUCUCAAUUAUAUAUUAAGUGACUUAGAAAUUUAUCGUUUCUCAACAAGCCAAUGGGAAGAUGAAUAUGGCACAGUUUUAGAAGGGUCCUCUUCUGCAGAAUACUUGGAUCCUGUUCUAAUAGCCAGUGAAUUGGAACAUAUGGGAGCUGGUGCACAUGAGCAGUAUGGGCUCCCAACUUCGAUAUUUUGGAAACUACUUUUAAGUUUCAAAGAGAACAGCACCUCCUAUUUAAGACCUACCGAUGAUAGCUCAUCACGUGCUUGGUGGGAAUCAAAAAUUUCAGAACACAGAGAAAGAGACAGAACAUCUCAACACAUAACUAAAACUAACGACACACACGAGAAUCCUGAUAGAAAAAAGCACACUAGGAGAAUUCAUACGCAAUCACGUUCUCGGCAUCAACGGAGCGCUGAUAAUAGUCUUCAUUAUAGACAGCGGCAUGUUUCAAGUAUUAAUGACAAUCCCAAUUGGGAAGAACGAGUAGUGGAGUCUCCAAUGGAAGAAAAUGCUUUUCUUCAAGACAUUUUAGAACCGCAAUUCACAACGCAGAUACCAUUCAACGACGAUGCCACAGAACCAAAUCUAGAAGAACUCCCAAAACCUUCGCCUCGAUACGGGCAUGCAGCAUGCAAAUAUACAGGAGGUUUUGUUAUUUACGGCGGAAAAGUGGAAGAUGGAUCUCUUUCAAACGAAUUGUGGUAUUACAAUGUCAACAAAACUUUGUGGACGUUACGAGCGAAGAAUUCGCCUUUUUAUCCCCCGCGAUUAACUCGACAUACGCUAACUUUGGCUAAUGAGUACAUUUAUUUAUUCGGUGGAAGCACAGUAGAUGGCGAGUUUUCUUCAAGCCUCUACAGGAUCAAAUUAAAUCUCUCCGAUUCAACAGCAAGCACAGAAAAAUGGCAAGAAGUCAGACCACGCGGUGGAAAAGAACUUGAUGUCAGAGUUGUAGCUCAUUCGACCGUUUAUCAUCAAGCUACGAAUUCUUUACUAGUUUACGGAGGUGUGGUCGCCAGCGUCGCCCGAUUCAGUAAAUUAUCCGACCGAAUGUUUGUUUUCCAACUCGACAGGCGAGUGUGGUCAGAGAUUCAUUAUCCAAGAGCACAUCUACGCGAUACAUACGUUCCACGAGAACGAGCAUUUCACACUUGUAACAUAAUUGGCAAUUACUUAGUAGUAUUCGGUGGAUAUUCUCAUCGACAUAACAAAGAAGAAAUUUGCUAUGAUAAUCAAAUGUAUCUUUAUCAUCUGGGUUGUCACGCAUGGGUGAGCCACGAUGUUUUGAAUACAAGUGACAAAGAUUCACAGUAUCCAAAACAGCAAGGCGUAUUCGCUCAUUCGGCUGACGUGAGAAACGGAAAUACAUUGUUACUGGUCGGCGGUUAUCAUGGAAAUGUAAACGCAGAUUUACUCGCCUAUACACUGCCUCCAAUGCUUGCACCUGGAGAUGGAGAUCUCUUAGAGCCGGAACAAUUUUGUUCGCGCCAUAAAAGUCUCUUUGAGUGCGCUGCUAAUCCUGAAUGUGGUUGGUGCUCAGCAGACGAGAAUUGCUAUGGACGAACAGUCGUCAGCAACUGCACUACAAAUUUGCAAACAACUCGUUGUCCGGGAGUUUGUCCAGCUCUUGGCGAUUGCCACUCUUGUCUCAUUCAUGGUCAACCCGGCGGUGGCUGGGGCACAAACUCUCGCGGUCGCAGCUCUGUAUCGAACAAAUUUAACCUAGGCACUUGCACCUGGUGCGUCCAAAAUGCACGUUGUCAUCACAAAGAUGAUAACUACGGAGUGUGUGGCUUGCGCGAUGACACACCUUCCCAAAUACCGGGCUGGUGGGGGACGAAAGGUACAGAGAUCGCUCGCGUUGAAGAGUGCCGCGAGAUGGAUCGCAGACCUGGUCUCACUUUUCUGAAAUACAAGCCGCCAGUCAAUUUCACGCAACCGGAUUCUGUGACGAUCGUCAAUGCAACUACCGUAGACUUCAAUGUGCCUUCGAUGCAGGGUGCCAAAACCGAAUCCGCCCUCGGCGGCGAAAUGAUAGCUAGAUUGGUUGGAUUUUUGAGAUUACCGCAUAACAUCUGGGAUAGCAAGUCGGAGUUGCUAAAAAUUUGCGUCAGUUACAACAGUGCGACUCUUCAUGUUUCUCGAAACAAUGACACCCAGCAUAUGGUAUUAGUAGCAAAUUUAACCGCCGAAACAUCACAAUGUAUACCAACGAGAACAUCAGAAGAACCGUUUACAGUUUCAUUUUCACCUGGACGUUAUCUGCUCGAUUUUGAAUCUAAAAGAAUGGUGACCGCAAGUUAUGCACAUUCUAGCAAGAUGGAAAUCACGCAUAAUCGUCACGCGGAAAAUCCAAAAGUUUUCACCUUUGAGUAUCUCGAACCUUAUCAAAAUGGUUCAUGUGAUCAGUAUAAAAACUGCCUUCAUUGCCUUACUGACUCGGCUUGCGGAUGGUGCGAUAUCAACAAUAAAUGCCUUUCUCGUGCGGUAAAUGAAACGGAGAGUUGUGUCGCCGAUGUUGAAUGGGACGAAAACAGCAAACCCGUGCGUGAGUGGCAUUAUCUGACCAUUACCCCAUCGACUUGUGCCAACUGCUCUAAUUAUAUAUCCUGCGAAUCUUGCGUCGAAACGAAUAUCUGCGAAUGGUGGACGGAAGAAGCGCGUUGCGCCCGUAUGGGUCGACUUCCUAAUGCUGUAGUAAGUUUAGAACAAUGCCCUGUGCCGUGCCGUCAACGCUCCAACUGCACGCAGUGCUUAGAUGAACGUGGCAGAUGCGUCUGGUGUGAAGCCACUCAAGAAUGCUUCUCAUUUUCCGUCUACACUUCUGAAUACCAAUUUGGUCUCUGCCGUGAAUGGACAGACCAAGCUGGCCUUAUGGGUGUCACCUCUAGAAGCAGUUCCUCUCUGACUGGUAACGAUCAAUGCAAGAGUUGCAGCCGUCACAACAACUGCUCCAAUUGUCUACACUCACUCAGCUGCGGUUGGUGUUAUAGUUUGGAAAAUCCGAUUCUCGGUGCCUGCGUUCAAGGUGACUUUAAUCAGGCACACGUGAAUUGUAGUCAGGUGAUAAACGAACUUCAGAACGGCACACUGGAAGUGGGAGAAGCUGGUUGGGCGUAUGCGCAAUGUCCAGAUGUGGACGAGUGUGAUCUUGGUUUGCACGACUGUCAUCCAAAUGCCUUGUGUACCAAUACUCAUGGAAGCUAUAGCUGUCAGUGCAAGCGUGGCUUCAACGGCGACGGCAAGGAGAACUGCACAAAGACCUGCUACGAGAAGUGUGUCAAUGGCUAUUGUAGCGAAGCUCCUGACUACAAAUGCGAGUGCUAUCUUGGUUGGACUGGUCCUGAUUGCCGUACUAACUGCGGAUGUUAUAAUCAUUCCACCUGCAUUGCUGGACCAGGCAUAUGCGAUGAGUGUCAGAACUGGACUGAGGGCCGUUACUGCGACGAAUGUAAAGCAGGCAGCUAUGGAAAUGCAACGACCAGUUUAGGAUGCCAGAAGUGUGAUUGCAACGAGCACGGUGAUGCCGCUCUAGGCACCUGCGACCGUCAAACGGGUAUAUGCUUUUGCAAUGAUAAUACCGAAGGUGACCGUUGCGAGAUGUGCAAAAAAGGCUAUUACGGAGAUCCACGCCACGGUGGCAUGUGCUAUUACGGUUGCAUGUCUAGAGGUAUGCUCGAGGGUGAAGGCAACGGCAAACAAGGUCUCGGCAGUCGUCACUCACAGUUGUCACUCUGGGAGAGUCAUUUAGGAGGUUCACCUACUCGAGAAUGUCUCUGGAUCGUUAGUCCAAAAACAGGUCUUUCUUCUGAUACUAUGACACCCGCUGUUCAAAGUGCCAUUCAAUUCACUAUCCAUGAUGACAUUAACGUCAGCUGUCAAGAAAAUAGUGUUUAUGUAUAUGACGGACUGCCUGCAUUCGUUUCUACUACGACCAGUCACCAAAGUCAACUGCUUGGAGUUUAUUGCACCGAAAGUACUGACUAUCCUGUCACUGUCGAAGCCAAAUCCGGCUUCCUCACAGUCCACUAUAAGCAGUUAGAUGAAGUAGAGGGUUUCAAUGCGAGUUACGUCGUAAUGACCUGCAACAACUGUCCUGCUAAUCGUGAAUGUCGCGGUGGAAAUUGUCUUUGCAAAGUUGGCUUCGUUGGUAUUAAUUGUGAUAUUGAACUCUGCCCUAAAAACUGUUCAUCCGCAAGAAAGCAAGGUAUCUGCGACAAGGGCUAUGGGCACUGCGUAUGCGCACCAGGUUUUGGAGGACGUGAUUGUUCUAUCUCCAUCAAGGACAAUCAAUUAGUGUUUACGGAGCUCUUCAACAGCGAGUAUUUAGCUGAUCAAUUAGACCAUCUGCGAAAAACUUUACCUCGUUUCGGACAUACUCUCGUCGCGGAUAGACGAGGUAGUUUAUGGAUGUUCGGCGGCUACUCUUUAAGUCAUGGACCCCUAAAUGAUAUUAGGCUUUUCGAUACAAAGAAUAGUACGUGGAUGCCUGUGACAGUAGAAUCAACCUCAGAAGCGUCGAUGCCACAAGGUCGCUACUUCCACGCUGCAGAGAUCGUUCAUAGUAGACAACAAAUCUAUGUAUAUGGUGGAUUGUCAAUGAAAGAGGAAGGUGUACACGGACUAUCCAACAACACUCUUAGCGAUUUCUGGAAGUUCAGUUUACAAAAUCAGCGAUGGAUGCUAAUAACCGACGAUUCGCCCAUAAAAAAAGAACCACCACCUUUAGCUGGCCAUACACUCACUCUAUACAGAGAUGGAGGGGAAUCUGAGAGUUUAAUUCUUAUUGGCGGUUUCAGUCCUAGAUGUGGUUACUUAGAUACCGUAUGGGAAUUUAAUUUGGAAACCGAAACAUGGGAUACAGUGCCAACCGUUGGAAAUGGACCAUUGGGGGUUUACGGACAUUCUACGGUAUUCCAUAGUAGAUCGAACAGUUUUUACAUUUUCGGAGGUUACACGUAUGCAAUUAACAGAACUUUCAUAUCAAAUAAACUUUAUGCACUCGACUAUAAGACAAAGACAUGGUCGGUGUUACCUCCGUUUGAUGACGAAUCUUCUGAUGGAACGCCGCAAGCUCGUUUUCUUCAUUCCGCUGUUACAACUGAUGAAUAUAUGGUGAUAUUUGGUGGUCGGCAAAAUCCACAUAAUACCACGGAUUCUUUGAUAGCUUACAAAUAUUCUUGCAACUUAUGGAUCCGUCUGAUAACAAAAGAUAUGGAGAUCAUAGGAAAUCCUCCGCCGCCAGCUUAUGCUCAUGCAAUGACACACGCAGAUCCCGAGAGUAAUGCCGUUUACGUAGUAGGGGGUUUCGAUGGAGGAAUCAAAAGCCACGUUACACUGAUUCAUAUACCCGAAGAUUUAUGUAAUUUAUGGACAGACAAAAUAACUUGUAGAAGAUAUUAUGGGUGCUCAUUUUGCUCAGUCACGACUAUUGCUGGAGAUAAUGCUUCUUACUGCUUUUCGAACGAAGAAUCUCUGCACCGUGAUGAAAAAUGCGAUGUAAAUGUCACAAAAGCUCAUCGUUCCAAUGGUAUAUUUUGCAACUCUGAAUGGAUGUCUAGUAGAAAGUGCGAGAGCUUCAAAACGUGCACAGAUUGUUUAGCUGAAUGGCCUUAUUAUAAAGAAAAACAGCCCGUUUGCAAAUGGUGUAUCGAUUGCCAUGGAAAAUGUAUUCCGGCGGAUAAAGAUUGUGACGAGCAAAAUAAAUGCAAGCAUUGGCAAAAAUUAGUUACUGAUGUUAAUCAGUGUGGCGAAAGACUGUGCCCAGCUAGUGACUGCGAGAAGUGCAAAAAUUGUCAAGGAAACUGCGUUUGGACGAGACAAGUCUUAAAAACAUCCGAAUUGGGCUUAAAGUUAACAGCUGAGCCAGUUUAUGACUGGAAUUGUGUGCCAGAAGAUAUAUUUAAUAGAUCGAGCAUUAAAAUGACCAGUACACAAUGUGAAAAACGGUGCUCGGAACAUAAAGAUUGUAAAAGCUGUCUGAAAGGAACUGGAGCCGAAGGUGGUUGGAGAGAAUGCAGGUGGUCCACACGAUUGAAUGAGUGUAUAUCGCCGUCAUAUCAACCUCUUUACUGUGCCGGAGGAGUUUGUGGCUUAGUGUUACGUAGUGUAGACGUUGAACAUUGUCCAGAACCAUGUUCGGUAUUCAAACAAUGCAGUACAUGUUUGAAGCACUCGCAUUGUGGUUGGUGCUCCCUCGAUUCUACUAAUAUCACUGGACAGGGUAUAUGCACAGAAGGAUCGUUAGAAGCUCCUCCAGGACUUGACCAUCCUGCAGGUGGCACUUGUGAAAUGUUGUACUACCAACAGUAUCCACAAGCAGAAACAUCUAUUACGACAAUCAUUCCACCGCAUGAACUGGAUUUCCGCGAUAAUGUCUCCAUUCCACUUACCAAUAUAGGGACGACUACAUCUUCAUUGAAAUUUUCAUGGCAUUACGUGCGUUGUCCGCCUGAAAAUGAGUGCAUAAAUGGUCAUCACACAUGCUCGCCUAAAAGUGAGAAAUGUUUCGAUUUGGAUGAAGGGUUUGAGUGUAUGUGCGGCGAAGGAUAUAAAACAGAAUUGACACACAUGUACAAUGAAUAUGGUAGGAAAACCUGCGUGCCAAUGUGUACACAAGGCUGUGUGAGAGGUACUUGCAUCGAACCCGAUGUAUGUCGCUGCGACUUCGGCUACGUCGGCAGAAAUUGCUCGAUUCAAUGUCAGUGCAAUGGGCACAGCAAUUGUGCAGGACCGGACAAACUUGACGAAUGCUCAGAAUGUCAUAAUAAUACGAAGGGACCACAGUGUGAUAAAUGCAAACCCUUAUACGUUGGUAAUCCAGCUGACAAUGGGCAAUGCGUGCCCUGCUUAGAAUAUUGUAAUGGACAUACUCACAUUUGCAUCAAUGAAAACAUGACUGUACCGGAUCCAAACUCUAUUGACAAAAUGCCAAUUGAACUGCUGAAGAAACAACUUGUUGAAGGACCUGUUUCAAAGGCUAAAUGCGUAAAUUGUGGUAAUAAUACUAAAGGUGAUAAAUGUGGAGAAUGUGUUACGGGUUACUUUAGAGGAACGGAAGAUUUGCGAGACGUUUGUCGACCGUGCGAAUGCCAUGGUCAUGGUUUUACUUGCGAUCCAGUGACUGGAGAGCAAUGCGACUGUCGGAACAACACCGAGAGUGAACCGUCUUGUGUCAGUGGUCCUUCGAAGGGUGGAAACUCGGGUCAAACUCCGUGCUGGAUGGUUCAAUGCAGUAAAUGUAGAGAAAACUAUGCUGGUACCCCAACAAUGGGUCAUCAAUGCUACAAAACUGUUACUGUUGACAACAAAAUGUGUUUUGAUUCCAAACUAAUAGGACCUUAUGACGAAUGCAAGGUAAAACCGAAGCCUCUGAAUCCUGGACAAACCGUUUUCUACAUGGUUCAACCACGCUUUAUGAACGUCGACAUUAGGAUUAUGGUCGACGUCACACAGGGUGCUCUUGACCUUUUCCUAAGUCCACGAGAUGACACCUUCGUUGUUACGAUGAACUCGUCAACUAGUUUUCAAGAGGUUGAACUAGACGAGAAAUUCAAGUGGCGUAAGGAUUACGAUAACAGUUGGUUUGAAGAGGGUCAACUACGUGGUCGAGAUCGUAAGGUCGACUAUUAUCCUUACAGUUCCUACCAUUUCGUGCCAAAUGGCACUGAGUCCCAGUGGAACCCGAGUGUUGAGUACUCGGUGAUGGAACGCUACGCAGAGGGACUCGCCACUUACAUCACCAUAAAUGAACGUAAUACCUUCUUAUUCGUCAGAAACUUGACAAAUAGGCUUGUCCUUACACUGCCGCAGGACAGACAUGAGCUCGGGCAGACCAAGUUCCACAUAGCACUGAAAGCUAUAGAACCGCCCUUACCAGAGAUAAAUGGCCGAGCGGCUUAUGGCAUGAUAUUCUUCAGACAAGAUCAGCUGCACAUCGAUCUUUUUGUCUUUUUCUCUGUAUUUUUCUCUUGCUUUUUCCUAUUUCUGGCUGCGUGCGUCGUCGCUUGGAAGACAAAGCAGGCGGCCGACGUGAGGAGGGCAAGGCGGAGGCACGUUGUCGAGAUGCUUCAUAUGGCUCAGCGACCAUUUGCCUCCGCAACAAUUCUGUACGAUCGUGAGGGAGCUUUCCCAAAUCAGAGCGAGUGCAGUCCAAACUCGCCACAACGCAAAGGCAGACGGAACAAAAUCGUCAACUUUCAUAGCGAUGUAAGACCAGUGGCUGUUGAACCAACUGAUGACGGUGUUGCUGCUGUAGCCACUGUUUUUAUAAAGUUACCAGGUGGACUCCAAGCACCUGUAAAGCUUACUCUUGGAAGUUCCCUCAUCUUUCUUACAAGGGUAUAUCCGGCCAAUAGCCGAGCAUUCCUAAGGCGACGUAACAGCCACGCUUUGAAUUAAUAUAUAAACUUUUCUUGAUUUGACGCAAAAAAUUCUAAUGUAUAUAGUUAAGCAAAAUUUGUCGAAUUGGGUUAUUUACUUACCUUUUUACACAAGGUAAAAAUUUAAAAUUAUAUAUCUUUAUUGUAUAUAAAUAUAUAUGUAUAUGUAUUAGAUAAGGGCUCGGUGCUAUAUUAAUCGAAGUAACAUAAAUAAAUUUUUUUUGCGUUUUACUGCGAUCUAAUAUAUUCUUCAGCAAUAUAAUUGAUACGUGUUUGUAAUUUUGUAUAAAGUACAUGUUAAUUUGAAUUUUUAUGUUUACCAGAAUUUAUACUCAAUUUCCGUCGUCUAUAACGUGUAUACUUAAACGGUUGUAUUAUUUUAUACAGAAUUAUAUAUAGAUACUAGUUAAAUGAUAGCUAUAAUUAAUUAUAUACAAAUAAUUUUUUGUCAGUCAAAUCCAUGAAUAAUGUAUUGUAUCAUAAAACUAAUAGACCAGCUUUUUGCAAUGUAAAUAUUUGAGAGGAAAAAGAAGACGUGCAGCUUUUCUAUUACGGUAUCAUUAAGGCUAUCAUCCCCUAAGAUGUAAAAUCAAUCGAAAAAGUUAAAUGCGUAUAAGAUUAAGGAACUAUUUAGCGUCUUACACCAUUCCAUGACAUAAGACUGUUUACACCCUUAAAUGCCUCGAAAAAAUGUGUGAUUUCAUCGCGUUUAUGAUUGCUAUUUUCUGCUUCUUUAAACUCACAAGUCCAUUCUUUUAGACGCAAUAUCGUACUUUAUCUCUUUAUAAACUCAUUUUGAUAUCUUUAUUUUCUAUACUUAAUGUAGAUUCUCUGACAUGUAGUUACCGAUUAUAAAAUCUACCCUUCGUUGAUAUUGGUUACACCGGUUGAUUAUUUUGCUUUAGAUCGAGAUUUGGAAACCAGGUGUUUCCUCCGAUCAGUAGCAUAUAUUUAUUUAAAUACAACGUCUAUGCCUUAUACAUCAAGUGCAGACUAGGAUAUCUUAAGUUACACAUAUUGUAAAGUAACCUAUUUAAUUCGGAAGUAAUCUUUUGUUUCGUUGCGUAAUAGGCUUUAAAAUGGUGCCGAUAAUUGAUAUCAUAAAUAAAACUUUAAUAAACGAAUCAUAAAUUUAUUUAGAAUAAGGUAGUAUUUCCUAGAUCUGUACGAAAAAAGGCUUGUACGUGAUACACCGCCGAUGAGUCGGGCACAAUUAUUUUUAACAGUAUUAAGGAAGUAUUCUCGUUUUUGCAUCACACAUAAGGCACCAGCUUACAAUAAUGUAUUGCAAUCAAGCGUUCUGUAUAGGGUUUAUUGCAAUCUGUAUAAUUUUAUGUUCCGAUAAUUGUGCAAUAGAAUCGAUAAGUCCAGUUUUAUAGAAUAUUUAUAUAUGAAUGUUAACAUUUUUUUUGUUUGUCUAUUGGUUAAAUGUAAAAACUGGAAGUUUUUGAUACUGCAUUCGCAAAAAUUGGUGCCAUAUUUUUUUCACUAGUUAAACUUAGCACUUUUGUUCUCAAUUUCAAGUUUUUUCGUGCUCAUACAUAAAGCACCUUUUCCACUCUUGUUUAAUUUGCACAAGUGGUAUGGUAAUUGUUGCCAUGUUUUAUUUUGAUGUCAUUCAAUAUAAGAGCACGAUGCACGAAUGAGAGUACUUGUUCAGGUAAAAUGAGUGAUUUAAAAAUAAACGAUAAAGAAGAAAACAUUUGUAAAAAAUGAAAAUUGAAAACCCGUUGUGUUGUAUGACGUGGGUUGUUCCUAUGAUUAAUGGAAUUUUUUAUGAUAUAAAAUACAUAACAGACGCGCGGUUAUUCGUUAGUUUUGUACCAGUCAAAACUUUUCGCGAAACUGCUAGGUAAUUUUUAAAGUUGGAUUACUGGAAAAUGCUAUUUGUCGUAAAAAUAGUCACGGGAAUAGCAGCGAAACUGCAGGUGUUAUUGCAGACGCAAUGAUGCCAAUAUGUUUGUUAUUAUAUAUACGUACUGAAAAUGGAAAAAUUGAUAAUAAUGAAUCUGUUAAUUGUCAUCGUUAUCGAAACUAAUAAUUAAUAUUAGCGUCAUCAAGUGAUAUUAUAAACAAAUAAAAAGCUAACGGGAAAAUUAUAUGUCAAAAGGAUACUUUUUGUAAACUUGUAUUGCGAGUAAUUGCGAGCGUCUAUAUAUUUUUAGUAAGAUUCAUUGAGUUUUUCUUGAGGGAGCAGCAAAUUGUGUUCAGGUAAAGCAACGUUUGCAUUCUUAUUGGUGGUAAAGAGAACGUGUUUUUCGAAAAUUAUUUCAAUUUUCAAGUGAAAACGCCCUUAUGUAUCAUUUUAUGUAUGUGUACAUAAAAAUAUAUUAUAACUAUUGUAUACGAUAGUAUGCAAUGCAAAUCGUUAUGAUUAUUGAACCGAAGUAUCUCUUUAGGAAUAAACGAGCGUCAAAACAGUAAUAUUUGUAAAGAAAGUCUCCGAAAGAAAUACUUUGUGAACUAUAACACGUCCAAUAUUGUUAUGCAUUGUCAAAAAAUUAGAGACAAUAUUUAAUAAUUUCAAUUAUUGUAAGGCCCCCUAGAGUCUCGAUUUUAGAAAAAGCAAUCAAAUUUAAACAAAAACAAUAAUUUCUAAUAGUGGAAAAAGUAAAAAGGCUCAAUUGCUUUUUUAAUUACUAGAAAAAGGCUAAGUGACAGAAAUAUUAUCAUCCGUGAUAAAAAUCAUAUAUUUUCAAAGACUUUACAGAAUUUGUUGAUCUUUGUUGAGUAGGUGUAUAUUAUUAUCGAGACUCGAGGACUUUUAUUAUCUAUAAAACACAGUGCGAAUAGGAAUUCUUGUAAUCAAGAUAGAAAUACAUAGUUAAAACAUCAGAAUACUAAAUUGAAUUUAAAGUUUUGUGAAAGAAUCUAUUUACUUAUUAUCAGUAUGCCUUGAAUUCAAAAACUUAAACUAUUGUUAUUAUUACCAUUGUCUUCAUUAUAUUACACUGUACUAAUCUUACUCGGUACAGAAAAGGGUUCGUUUUACGCUAUACUAUCUAAUGUAUUCAUUAUAAUUAUUCGAAUUCCUAAGUUAUUGUGAUUUACAUCAUCGCGCUAAAAGAACUUUAUUUUCUGAAAAAAGAUUUUUCUCCUAGCGCAAUAUCUAAUACUAAAUAUUAUGAGAUUAUUCCUCGAUUAGUAAUUCGUGGUGCUGUUUGUAGUGCAGUUAAAAUGUAAAUAACAGGUAUACACUCGCAAUUAUCAUUACACUUACAUACACUCUUCACACGUACAAUGAAAAUAAAAACAUAAAAAACUGAGUGAAUAAAUUCGAGCAUUAGGUUUAAUUUGUACCAUAAAAAAUUACAUAUACAGACACACACAUACACACAUAUAUAUAUAUAUAUAUAUAUAUAUAUAUAUAUAUAUAUUCAAUUUGUCGGUUGUACAGAUCCUAAUAUUAUUUUAUGAAUAUUGUAUUUUAUAUGUAUUAUACCAGCUUCGUCGUAAGCUAAAUCUUCCAUAGCUGAUAUUGAAAAUCGGUGCGAAAGUCGAAGGUCUUGAUAUAUAAGAAGUGUCGCUGUCCUAGAAGUGUUAAAGGUUGUGAAAUCUUAAAAGGGAAAAUGUUAAGAUGUGUUUGUCUAGGAGUGAUAAGAAAUCGUUGUAUCGAAUGAACUGAAAAUUGUACGAAGACAGGAAUUAUACAAUAAAUAUAUGUAAAUCUUAAA